CGCGUGGUGUAAUCGUUCAAAGCUUUUUGAUCGUCAACUCUUUGAGUUUAUAGAGUAAUUUCUAUAUUUCCAUUGUAUUAUACUUUCAUUCAGGCAUUACGAGGUAACCAAUGUUUAUUUUAAAUAGUAUCAGCUGAAUUUAUACUCGCUGGCAUCAAUUUGUUCGGCCGAGAAGAUUGUUCUUACCGGUCCGAGUACCAGCCACGACGCGUAAAGGCGACAGGGUCACGAGAAGCACAUGUGUAACCAGCUGAUCGACGAGUCUUCCACCGUGGUUACAAUAAUGACGUCAACGUCGGACUCUCUACGAACUCGCCUUGAGGAGAGAAACAAUUACUUUAACCGUAUGAUUAAUCUUAUUCCAGUGGAAGUUUACUUUGAUCAGGAAGAUCAACAGAAAAAAGACCCAGCAGCAAAUCAAGACGAGUCAAAAGCAAGCAAGAAAGGAAAGCGUAAACGUCAACGAUUGGAUCCGAAACACCACAAAAAUGUGACUGACAUCCAGAAAGAAAUGGACGAGAAUGAAGAAACGGCGAUUGGAGGGACGAAGGAAGAGGACUCCAGUGAUGAAGAUGACGGUGACAAAAAAUCCAAAAUGGCGAAACCAAUCAAUGUGGAACAAAUACAAAGUAAUUUGAGUUUAAAUGAACUUAGAACAAAACUACAGAACAAAAUUCUGGGCAUGAAGGGAAAGCGGAAAGCAAGUGAUGAUGGGACAGAUAAACAAAUAAAGAAGCAAAGGAGACUAGACAAAAAGAUGAAAGAGAAGAAAAAGAAAGAAUUCAAAGAAAACGCUUCCAGGAACAAUUCAAUGAAAAUGCUGAACAAUAAAAUAAAACUGAACAAAGAAAACGGACAAAAGCCAAUUGUUAAUAAUGAAGGAAAAGUUGUUUUCAGUAAAUUUGAUUUUUCAGAAUCUUUGGAAAGUAAAGACCUACGGAAAAAGAAAAAAAAACAAAACAUUAGCAACAAAAAUGUGAAAGCUUUGUUAAGACAAGUGGAAAUGAAGAAAGAAAAAUUUAAUGAGAUGAAGGAAAAGGAUCCUGAAAAAGCGAAAAAUGUUGAACAGAAACAGGCUUGGAAGAAAGCCAUGCAGAAGGCGGAAGGAGUGAAACUUAAAGAUGACCCUGAACUUUUGAAAAAAUCUAUCAAAAAAAGAGAGCAGAUAAAAAAGAGGAAUAAGAAGCAGUGGGAUGAGAGAAAAGUUGUCACUGAGAAAUUAAUUAAAAAACGACAAGACAAGAGGAAGAAAAAUAUCAAGAGCAGGAAAGAUCACAAAUUGCAAAAGAAAAUGAAAGUCAUGAAAAAGAAAGGGAGAAUUUUACCCGGAUUUUAA